GCCUCGAGACGUGCGGCGAGAAGGUGAAAAGUUGUGAUUCGGCGUGAUCUUCCGAAGUACAAACAAAAGAUACUAUUCUGACAUAGCUUUACGGCUGAUAUCUUCCCGAGCGACCGGUUUCUUUAGGUUACUCUAUCAAGUACAAACGGAUCGAAGCAAAAGCCGUUGGAAACAUCUGUGAAUCGUAAAAAUGGGUGGGGGGAUUUACUAUGUUAUCCAAAAAUCUUUUGGGAUUUUGGUGGUGUAUUUAAUGGAGGUCCGAGAAAACAUAAAUGUAAAGCGGAAUCGAUAGAGAGAGAAAGAAACAUGUUAGAGUGAGAUUGCUGUAGUGGCGAAGAUCCUUUUACAGUAGUCGUUAUCCCUUUGUGUUCGAGGUCUGUCUGUGCAAAUGGGCUAGUUUGUUAAGCUUGUCGUCGGUGUGUGGGAGCAAGUUGGACAGUGUGGGUGGCUGUUCUUGGAGGAUCCAACAGAGCGUAAAUACGAAGUCGUGGUUCACGAAAACCAAACUUACACAAGUCUCAUGGAUCUUGUAAGAACACGCUACAGUGUGGGUUUGGGAACAGCUGUAACUUUGACCUACGAAUUUCCGGAUUGGAUGAAGGCGCCUGGAGACAUAUCGACUCCCCCUGUUGAUGUGAAAGAGGAUGGGGACGUUGAACUGUUCAUGCCCAUUCAGACUGAUCUUCCUUCGACGAGGCUGAUGGUCACUAUAGGCAAUGAAGUUGUUGCUCGCUACCUAUUCCAAAGGUGUGAUGACUAUACUGUUAUCGGGUCUUCAAAGGGAGUGUUAGGGACAAAUGAUAGAGCUUACCGCGGUAAAGGCGAUGAUAACCUUGACGCCCAGAUAUUGUCUGAGAAUUUUUGUCGUGGGGGUCUCCCUGAGGGCAUGGGUUUCUGGGAAGGAAUGCUGGGCCAGUGCGUUCUGACUGCAAGCCAGCAGUUCCUUACGAAUGUUUUCAGUUGUGAAGAUGUAACCAUGGGCAAUAAAGAUGCUUUUGGCAUUAUGGGGGAGUCAAAGUGGGCCUACGAUGGAGACAAUAGGUGUUUCGGAAACAUCCACUGAUUCUUCGCCUGGUCCAGUGGAUCCGGUGCCUGCUUUGUAUGAGGGUGGCAUAAUACGUUUGACAUAUGGAGCAGAGUUGUCGCCAACAGUACCAAAUAAAGUGUUAACAAUUGUGGAACCACAUGCAACGAGGAAGGCAAGCCCGUUACUUGAGUACCUUACUUAGGGGAAAUAGAAGGUCUGUAAAGAAGAUGAAGACGAUAGGAAGCGCAGCUACGCGAGCGGGCGUUUGAGCCCCCUGAUGUCAAACCCAAACUUCCCUGACCCCAUUCCUGAUGCAGACACCACUGAUGAAGAUACAGAGGACAAAGGAGAGAAACAUCUGUUUGUGGGUCAGGUCUUCAUUGACCGCUCUGCUUUCAAAACUCACAUGUCUCUCUAUGCUCUGGCCAACAAGUUUCGGUUUUUAUGUUGUCGCCCAGAACCUGGUAAAUUGGUUCUUGUCUGUCGGGGGGGGGGUGGAGAGUGUCAGCAUCUAAGCUUCGGGGGUAUCCCCAGUUCCAAAUCAAGAGACUGGAUGAGGGACACAACUGCACUGUGGAUGAACGGGGCGACUUCAAGCGGCAUGCUACUGCAAGCCUUAUUGGAGAAAUGGUUAGCAACAAGUUUGGCAGUGGGGGUCUGGGCCAAGGUCAGGUGCACUUAGGGAUUUCAUGCGUACUGACCAUCACGUACAUAUCUCUUACUGGAAAGCCUGGAAGUCUAGAGAGCUGGCGUUAGAGAGUGGCCUUGGCAACACAGCAGAUGCGUACAAAAUGUUGCCUUCUUACUUGUCGAGGUUGGCUCUUGCGAACCCUGGCACAGUGGCUGCCAUUGAGACAACACCUGAUGAAGGAGACCUCAAGCGCUUCAAAUAUAUGUUCCUCCCUUUUGGGGCGUCUGCUAAGGGUUAUGGUUGCAUGAGAAAGGUCGUUGUUGUCGAUGGGACACACCUAAAGGGGAAAUACAAUGGCUGCCUUCUCACUACGAGUGCACACGAUGCAAACUACCAGAUCUUCCCCAUAGCUUUUGGCAUCGUCGACAACGAGAAUGACCAGUUAUGGAGUUGGUUCUUCCAAAAAUUAACUGAUGUAGUACUAUAUGGGUACGAUCUUGUUUUCGUCUCAGACAUACACAACUCGAUUUAUGCUGGCCUCCACAAGGUGUAUCCAAUGGCGAAACACUAUGCUUGUGUUGUCAGUAUGUUCAAGAAGAAGCACCUUGCAUACCUUGUGUCGAAAGCAGCUCGAGCGUAUCGCGUGUGUGACUUCUACAAGCAUUUUAACGAGAUCAAGAUGAUUGAUAUUAACUGCGCUGAUUAUCUAAUCAGAAUCGGGCUUGAGCACUGGGCUAGGUCACACUCUUCUGGGAUGCGUUACAAUAUCAUGACAAGCAACGUCGCUGAGUCACUCAAUGCUGCACUUUCGGAGGCAAUGGAGUAUCCUAUUGUCGCUCUGGUUGAGUACAUUAGGGGUAUGCUUAUGAGGUGGUUUUUAGUGCGUCGUGAGUCAUCAGACAUGUGUGGUGGACUUGUCACACCGAAGGUGGAUGAGCUCAUCUCCCGUAAUUUCAAUGUCUCAACCGGGUAUUUGGUCCGUCAUAUAAGCAAAGUUGAGUAUGAGGUACGUGGGAAAGAAAGAGUUUUAUUCUGUGUCGACCUUGAUGCAAAAACAUGUAGCUGCCUCGAGUUUUAUAUGCUCUGUAUACCUUGCGGACAUGCUGUCGCUGCUGCAAUCCACUCUAAACGUAGGGUUGAUGUGCUUGUUGGGGAGGAACUAUCAAGGAACAAUUGGACUGGUGGGUACUCAAUGAGCGUUAACCCUGCUGGAGUUGAUAUGGGAACAACACCUGAAGAUGAUACGCUUGCCUCUCUGAUCCUUGCACCUCCAAACACAAGGCGUCCUCCGGGAAGGCCAAAGAAGACAAGGAUAUUAUCUAGGGGUGAAUUCAAGGUAAGUAUCGUGCAUGGUGAUAUCUUGCAUAUUGCAUUGUUUUAGUCAUUCAUUCUUGCACAUGUUGAAUCAUUUAGAUUAAUAUUUAGGCAUAUUUAGGUUCCAUAUUGCAUACAUAAGGCUUUAUUAGGUGUUGGAGCAUCCUUUGGAGUUUUUGGAGGUAUUUGGAGACAUUUGGGCUCUUAAGGAGUAGAAAAUGAUCAUCUUAGCGAAAUGGGAAUUGGAGCGAGGCUCUGAAGCGACCAGAUGCACCCGCUCUAGACGAUUGGAGUGUAGAGCGACCCACUGGAGCGAGGUAUGACACCCGCUCUGUACCAGAGCGACCUCUCGCAGCGAGGUAGCGUACCCGCUCUGGGCCCAACAUCCCGUCGACAACUUUCGAGAACCGAAGCGACCAAGACGGAGCGAGGUGGGUACAUCGCGCGUCAAAUCCAUGAAGUGCACAGGAAGCAAGAGCGACGUCCCGGAGCGAGGUGGCGAACCCGCUGUGAAGCUGGAGCGACCCACCAAAGCGGGGUCACGAACCCGCGCGCAAGAUUUAUAUUUGGUCGAUUUUUCAUGUUUUGCUGGACCUUCUCAGACUUGUUUUUGAGGCCCACUAGGUUUUUAGGAGUCCUAUAAAUACUCUAUAAACCUAAAAUUAGGACUUAUCUUGUUUUCUAUCUAAUUAAAAGCCACUUUUGGGAAAAAGAUCUAAUCUUGAUCAUCAUCUUUUGUGAUUGCUUGAUUGCUUUGAUCAUUAAUCAUGUUUAGACUUAGAUCAACUAAUGAUUUAGUGUCUACCAUGAUAAUGAGUGAGUAGUUAUCUUUGGAUUCAUGGGCUAGGAUGAUUAGGAUGAUUAAGUGAUGAUCUAGAAUGUUUUAGAGUAGAUUAAUAUAUUUCCUGGCUUGAUUGAGUGAUCUUAAUGCUAAUCUAGAGUUGACAAUUUUAGAUUAGAACUCUAGACAUUUCAUUGCUCGGAAGGUGUUUGAUGAAAUGUCUGAGCCAACUCAACAUGCUCUUAGCUUACCCUACCAAAGGGAUUUGAUGUUAGGGGAGUUUAGAAAGUUGAAUGAUCCAUUCUUAAUGAUUGCUUAAUUGACACAAACCAAAGGAAUUUGAUGUUUGAUCAAUGAGAGUAAAUGAGCUUUUGUCUUGGAAAAGAACUUGCUUAGAAUUGCUAUCUAGACUUAGGGGAAUGUGUUGAUUGAAACCUUGCCAUUUUAGAUUAAAUCUUAGUCAUCUGAAAUCAAAAUCCUAUGCCUAUGAUUCCUUCUCUACCCAUUUGAUUGAAAUUUGCUAGUUAGUUGUGUUAGAACCUUGUUAGUUUAAUCAAACCACUUUAGUGAACUGAAUGCACUUAGAUUAAGUUUGAACCUGCAUUCUCUUUGCAACAAAAUACUUAGAAAUGGAUUGACAUCUUAAAUACUACAUGAUUUGAAUUAGGACCCUUGUAAAUUCCAUUUCAAAUUUGGCGCCGUUGCCAAUUCUAAGUUGAUUUUGACAUUGAGAUUUGGUCCUUGCUUACGACUAAGUCUUAUUUUCUUGUAUCUAGUUACUGAUUCUCUCUCCUACCUCUUUUGAAUGUCAGGCACAUGAACUUGAGGAGUUGAAGACAUUAGAGCUUUUGAAAGGGAUAUUGCAAAGAAGAGAAGAAGAGAAGAAAGGAAAGCUCAAUUGGACAGAGUUGAGCUUGAGAUAGAGGGGAAUCAGCGUCAAGCUAGAUCUAUUGGCACUUAUGAUCAACCCAAUAUACAUGGGAGUAGGGUGGGUAUCAGGGCACCAGCUGUGAAGAACAGUAACUUUGAGAUCAAAUCCAGCUUGGUCAACAUGAUAGAGAACAACAAGUAUCAUGGUCUUGCUUUGGAGGAUCCACUUGAUCACUUGGAUCAAUUUGACAAGUACUGUGGCUUGUCAAAAACAAAUGGUGUCUCUGAAGAUGCCUUCAAGAUGAGAUUGUUUCCAUUUUCUUUGGGAGACAAAGCUCACACAUGGGAGAAGAACCUUCCAAGUGACUCUAUCACCACUUGGAAUGAAUGCAAGACAUCAUUCCUCAACAAGUUCUUCUCUAGCUCAAGGACUGCCAAGCUUAGGAAUGAGAUCUCUGGGUUUCAACAGAGGAAUCUUGAAGGUUUUAGUGAAGCAUGGGAAAGAUUCAGAAGCUACUGGUCUCAAUGCCCACAUCAUGGUUUCAGUACCUUCUAUAGAGGAGUUUUACCUAAGUUCAGAAGCCAGUUGGAUACUGCUAGCAAUGAGUUCUUCUUGGGAAGAACUGAAGAAGAUGCUGAGAAACUUGUAGAGAACAUGGCUCAGAGUGAUUCAGUCUACAAUGAUGAGCAUGAUAGAAGCAACAGAGACAGUGGAGGAGAUGAUCAGAACACAAGGAAAAAGUUGAAGGCUCUACAAGAUAAGUUGGAUAAGCUUCUCACAGAUAGAGCUAAACAAGAGAAGGUGAACUCUGUUGGUGAGCAGAAACAAGAGGGGAUUGCUGUGGUUAAUGAAGUUGAUGGUCUAGAAGGUCAAGAAGAGUUGUGCUUUGUGAAUGCUAAUGGGACAUGGUACAAGAAGGAGCCUAACUUUCAGUACCACAACAACUACCAGCAAAAGCCCUUCUACAACAACCAACAACGUGGUUACCAGUCUACACAAGGCCAAGCUGGGUCUUCCACUUCUGCCCCUCAAGAAAGUAGCACCAAUACUAUGUUGAAACAAAUCUUGGAGUCUCAGAAUAACACUGCAAAGAACAUUGGAAAUGAAUUGAAGAUUUUCCACAACAAGAUUGAUGAGAACUACAAUGACCUCAACAAUAAGUUCCUACAACUCUCCUCUCACUUCAAGGCUUUGGAGAAUCAGUUUGCCUCUAUGCCUUCAACCUCCAAGCGCCCAAUGGGAUCUCUACCAGGGAAAUAAGAGAAGAAUCUCAAAGAGUAUUGCAAUGUUAUCCUCUCUACUACUUCUUCUGAGA